AUGUGUCACAAAAAUAAAAUUUUUCCACUUCGUUUAGAUAUAAAGAGAAAACUCACGACAAGAACAGACCGGGUUAAAUGUGUCGAUUUACAUCCUACAGAACCGUGGGUUCUUUCAUCACUUUACAAUGGUAUUGUUGAUGUAUGGAAUCAUGAGACACGUCAAUUAACUAAAACUUUUGAAGUAUGCGAUUUACCUGUCAGAUCGGCCAGAUUUGUACCUAGAAAAAAUUGGGUGAUUACUGGUUCGGAUGACAUGCAAGUCAGAGUUUUUAAUUAUAACACAUUGGAAAGAGUUCACGCUUUUGAAGCUCAUUCUGAUUAUGUCAGAUGCAUUGCAGUGCAUCCAACUCAACCAUACAUUUUAACCAGCAGCGAUGAUAUGCUUAUUAAAUUGUGGAAUUGGGAAAAACAGUGGGCAUGUCAACAAGUUUUCGAGGGACACACACAUUAUGUUAUGCAAAUAGUAAUUAAUCCUAAAGAUAAUAACACAUUCGCUAGCGCUUCAUUAGAUAGAACCGUUAAAGUUUGGCAACUUGGUUCUUCGACUCCUAAUUUUACUCUAGAGGGUCACGAAAAAGGAGUAAAUUGUGUUGAUUAUUAUCACGGUGGGGACAAACCAUAUUUGAUAUCGGGAGCAGAUGAUAGAUAUGUUAAAAUUUGGGAUUAUCAAAAUAAAACAUGUGUUCAAACAUUAGAGGGCCAUGCACAAAAUGUUACAGCAGUUUGCUUUCAUCCGGAAUUGCCUAUAGUUUUAACAGGAUCUGAAGAUGGUACUGUUAGAAUAUGGCAUGCUGGAACAUACAGAUUGGAAUCUUGCCUUAAUUACGGAUUGGAAAGAGUUUGGACAAUAGCUAGUUUACGUGGUAGCAACUACGUUUCAGUCGGGUACGACGAAGGUAGUGUUUUAGUCAAAGUAGGUAGAGAAGAACCAGCAGUUUCCAUGGAUGUGAAUGGUGGAAAAUUAAUAUGGGCAAGACACUCGGAAUUACAGCAGGCAAAUUUAAAAGCCAUGGGAGAAGAUGCUGUCGUCAAAGAUGGAGAAAGAUUACCUUUAGCCGUUAAAGACAUGGGAAGCUGUGAAAUAUAUCCUCAAACGAUCGCACACAAUCCCAACGGAAGGUUUGUCGUCGUUUGCGGAGAUGGAGAAUAUAUAAUUUACACCGCUAUGGCUUUAAGAAAUAAGGCUUUUGGUUCUGCGCAAGAAUUCGUUUGGGCACAAGAUUCAAGCGAAUAUGCCAUUCGAGAAAAUUCCUCCACCGUAAAAGUAUUUAAAAAUUUUAAAGAAAGAAAAAAUUUCAAACCUGAUUUCGGAGCAGAAGGAAUUUUCGGAGGUUAUUUGUUAGGAGUUAAAUCAAGUUCGGGUCUCGGACUUUACGAUUGGGAAAGUUUAGAACUCAUAAGGAGGAUCGACAUUCAACCCAAACACGUGUUUUGGAGUGAAAAUGGCGAAUUGGUUUGUUUGGCUACGGAAGAAGGUUAUUUUAUUUUGAAAUACAAUCAAAAUGCCGUCGUUAAAGCGAGACAAGAUAAACAAUCGAUAACGGAAGAUGGAAUCGAGGAUUCGUUCGAGGUACUGGGUGAAGUUCACGAAACUGUCAAAACGGGACUUUGGGUCGGUGAUUGUUUUAUAUAUACAAAUUCCGUAAAUAGAAUUAAUUAUUACGUCGGUGGAGAAAUCGUGACCAUAGCGCAUUUAGAUCACACGGUUUAUUUAUUAGGUUACAUCGCGAAAGAAAAUAGACUCUAUUUGGGAGAUAAGGAAUUAAACGUCGUGUCCUACAGUUUACAAUUAUCAGUUCUCGAAUAUCAAACUGCUGUCAUGAGGCAAGAUUUUGCCAUAGCUGACAGAGUGUUACCAACCAUUCCAAUCGAAUAUAGGACAAGAGUGGCACAUUUUUUGGAAAAACAAGGUUUCAAACAACAAGCCUUAGCCGUUUCUACGGAUCCGGACCACCGUUUCGAUUUAGCACUUCAAUUAGGACAACUCAACACUGCCUUAACAUUGGCUAGAGAAGCACAGGCACAACAGAAAUGGAGGCAAUUGGCGGAUUUGGCAAUACAAAGAGGUGAAUUGACGCUGGCGCAAGAAUGCCUUCACAACGCUCAAGAUUUCGGCGGUUUGUUACUCUUGGCUACAGCUUCCGGGAAUGCAGAAAUGAUAAAAAAAUUAGGGAGUAGCAGCAUUGAAAAUGGUAAAAACAACGUUGGAUUUUUAUCCUAUUUCUUAUACGGAGAUUUAGAUAAAUGUUUAGACAUAUUGAUAACAACGGAUAGACUUCCGGAAGCUGCAUUUUUCGCAAGAACUUACAUGCCUAGUAAAAUUUCAUACGUUGUCGAAUUGUGGCGUGAAUCAUUGAGUAAAGUCAACGAAAAAGCCGGACAAUCCCUUGCGAGUCCGGAUCAAUACGAUAACCUUUUCCCAAAUUUGUUGGAUGCUCUCAAAACGGAACAAUAUUUGGCGGGUGAAAGUCAGAAAAAAUUACCAGCUGCCGCUUAUCCACACAUACCGCAAAAUCACGAGAGAAGCGCCAUAGAUGAAAUGAAAGGAGCAGAAUCGAGUGGAAAAUUCACUUACAUACCGACAACGGAUUUAUUCGCGUCGAAAAACGAAGACGAUAACGAAAUGUUUUUGGAAGCAGGUUCACCCGAACGAAUCGAAAGUUUGAAAACAAAUUCCAACAGGUCGGAAAUAAUUCUUUCGGAACAAAUAAUCGAAAGGGAAUCAAUGGUGGAACCGUUAAAACCCGUGCCCGUGGGAGACCACAAAAUGGAAAAUUCACCCCGACCUGUCACCAAUCAUCCUCCCCCUCCCCCUCCCUCUUCUUCAUCUCCUCCGCCCCCCGUUAAUAAUGAUAAUAAUGAUGAAGAUGAAGAUGACCUCGAACUUGAUUUAGAUAACUUACAAUUAGAUGAUAAUAUUGAUAUAUCUGAUAUAAAUAUUGAUGAAAAUUUGCUUACGGAUGAUUAA